CCAUGAUCUCCCACUUCGCGUUCAUCGUUGUCUGAUGCGCUGUGUGACUCUCACGCAUCGGGGCGAGGCGCCAGCCGACAUCGGCCGAGCUGGGCGGCGUGCGCCAGAGCACACGUACGAGGUAUUGGGGCGUGGGAGUGUUACUGUGGCGCUGGUCGACUAUUUGUUCUCACGAUCUCACGCCUCCGCCUCUCUGACCUAUCUCUUUCAUACGCACACUGCAUCAGCUCACCAUGGCGACCCCCGACGAGCGCCACGACGACGUGCAGUCCGCGAGCUCGGCGUCCGCCUCCGCCUCGCCCCUCGGCACCUCCGGCGAGCUCAUCAGCCUCAGCGACGCCGAGAGCGCCGGAAAGUCUCCCGACGUUCCCAUCUUUGACGUCGAGACACCCCCGCCCGCCCCGGAUUUCUACCACAGCUUCCCUGCCGUGCCGGCGUCCACCGCUUUGGACGGAGAGGAGCUGGAUGACCACUACGCCGCCGGUGGCGUCGACGCCAGCCCGCGCGGCUCGGUGUCCAUGAACGUCGGCGAGGAGAUGGAUGCCGAAACGCGCAGGUACAUUGUGCAGCACGGCGCGCGUGCGCCGUUUGACCCCGACCGCGCGCCUUCACCAUAUCCUAUGCGCGCGGCACCGUCCGCGCCGUCUCCCCUCGUCGCAGUCGCUGGCGCCGAGUACGACUUCCCGGGCGACUCAGACGCCGUGUCCCCGUCCGCCGACGUCCCGCUCGUCUCCCUUCCUACUGAGCGCCAGCCCUCGCUCGAGCUCGAUCCGGAGACGCUCGCACGCGAGCAGCGUGCCUACAUUAUCGAGCACGGCGUGCGCUCGCCCAGCCCCUUCCACGCCCCCCCAGAUGCUGCGCCCGCAACCGCCCCCUCCUUCGCAGACGUGACCGGGAAGGCGAUCGGGCCGACGGACGAAAAGGGCGCAGAGGGCGAGAAGCACACCCAUGACGCGUGUGAUCUACUCUCUUCGGGUGACGUCGCGCACACCAGCGUCACGGCCGUCUCUCACGGUUCUUCGACUUCGACCCCUCGUCCUUCUUUCUACUCCACACGCAACAUGAACCCCGACGUUCCGCAGCCCGUCGACGCCCCGCAGCACAAGCACUUCCCCUCGACGAACGUCGAGCCGGGUCCGACGGCCGACACGACGCAGCGUCUCGAGUCGGUCGAGGCGAAGGAGGAGGUCGAGGCCAGGCGUUACAGCAAGGCCUCGCUUCCUGCGACUCCGGCCCACCGCCAUUUCCCUCCUACUAAUGUGGAGCCUGGGCCCACUGCGGAUACUACGCAGCGCCUCGAGUCUGUUGAGGCCAAGGAAGAGGUCGAGGUGAGGCGUUACAGUAAGGCCUCUCUCCCGCAGACGCCGGCCCACCGCCACUUCCCGCCUACCAACAUCGAACCCGGCCCCACCGCGGACAUCACGCAGCGCCUCGAGUCCGUCGAGGCGAAGGAGGAGACCGAUGCGGCCGCCAGCCGCCUCAGAAAGCCCUCGCUCCCCGCGACGCCGGCCCACCACCACUUCCCGCCUACCAACAUCGAACCCGGCCCCACCGCGGACAUCACGCAGCGCCUCGAAUCCGUCGAGGCGAAGGAGGAGGCGGACUACACGCAGACUGUCCCCGCGCCUGCGCCCGCGCACCGCCAUUUCCCGCCUACGAACGAAGAGCCCGGCCCGACGGCGGACACGACGCAGCGCCUCGAGUCCCUCGAGGCGAAGGAGGGCGCUGAGAGUGCGCCCGCGCGCCACCAACAUGCGCCCUUCACCAACCCCGAGCGCGGCGCAGCGGACACGACGCAGCGUCUCGAGUCCCAGUCGAAGACCUCCACCAAGACCAAGACCACCACGACCUACAUCCCGGCCGUGCACCAGCACGUGGCGCCUGCGCGCGCCAUCGACCCGCUGCGCCAGUCGCGCGAGCUGCGCGCGCUCGCGCUCCCCAUCACGACCGAGUCGGUGUUCCGCGCGGCGCUCACGGGCGAGGAGACGCCCAAGGCCGAGGACAAGAACCCGCUCGAGCGCCGCACGCCUGCGACGGCGCCGGCGCCGGCGCCGGCGCUUGUGCGCGCACACAUGUGGUGGGACGGCAACCUCCCCCGGCGGAUCGCCAUCGCGACGCUGCUCGGCGCGGCCGCGUGCGGCGCCUACCGUGUUUCGGACGACGGCGCGUGUGAGACCCUCGCGCUCGCGUGUGCGUGGUUCGCGGCGGCGGCGGUCGGCGCGCUCCGCCCCGGACCGAUGGACGGGAAGGGGUGCCUCGACCUCGUGGUUAGUACUUCUGCGAGCGUGCUCGCGGCCGCGCUGCUCGGUCUCGGCAAGUAGAAUAGUGUUGAAAAUUGUCGCUAGGCGAUGCAUGUGGUGCACGGCGAGGGUCUGAUCUUUCACCUAUCACCCUUCACCCUUCAC